GCAUGUGCUUUCAACAUAUAAGAAGGUAUUAGGGGACAAGCUUUAUUGAGAGCACCCAAAUUUAUAUUUUUUUUAGGUACAAGAACAAGCCAUGUCUGUUGCUUUGAUAUGGGUUGUUUCGCCUAACUCCGAGUUCUCUAGUGGAUUAGGAUUCUUGGAAACAACUAAGUUAGUAGAUUCAUCAAGAUUUGUAGGCAAAGCAAGAAGCUUUUUGUGGACUAAUAGAAUUAAGAAUGUUGGUAAUAGACUUAAGUGUAGUUCCUGCUAUAUGAAUGCAGAUGGAUUCCGUGAAAAGGGUUAUUUGGGAUCGAAAAAGGGGAAGAAAUUGGAUUUGGUUUCGAGGGUGGUGGCUAACCCGAGCGGGGAAUUGGCUAUUUCAUCAGAGCAGUUAGUUUAUGAUGUGGUUUUAAAACAAGCAGCUUUGGUCAAAGAACAGAUGAGAGCUAAAGAAGAAGAUAUGGAAGUUAAACCGGAUAUCGUGCUUCCUGGAACACUUGGUUUAUUAAGUGAAGCUUAUGAUAGGUGUGGUGAAGUUUGUGCAGAAUAUGCAAAGACCUUUUAUUUAGGAACACUGUUAAUGACACCUGAGAGGCGAAAAGCUAUUUGGGCAAUUUACGUGUGGUGUAGAAGAACCGAUGAACUUGUUGAUGGGCCAAAUGCAUCACAUAUAACUCCCAAAGCUCUAGAUAGAUGGGAGUCUAGGUUGGAAGAUCUUUUCAACGGUCGCCCUUUUGACAUGCUUGAUGCUGCUUUAUCGGAUACCGUCUCCAAGUUCCCCGUUGACAUUCAGCCUUUUAAGGAUAUGAUUGAAGGAAUGAGGAUGGACCUUAGAAAGUCAAGAUACAAGACUUUUGAUGAGCUUUACUUGUAUUGUUAUUAUGUGGCUGGCACAGUUGGAUUAAUGAGUGUUCCUAUAAUGGGAAUUGCUCCAGAAUCACAAGCAACAACAGAAAGUGUAUACAAUGCUGCUCUGGCUUUGGGGAUUGCUAAUCAACUCACUAACAUCCUCCGAGAUGUAGGGGAAGAUGCAAGAAGAGGAAGAGUGUAUCUACCACAAGAUGAACUAGCACAAGCUGGACUAUCAGAUGAGGACAUAUUUGCUGGGAAAGUAACUGAUAAAUGGAGAGCCUUCAUGAAAAAACAAAUCAAACGGGCAAGAUCGUUUUUUGAUGAAGCACAAGAAGGCGUUACACAACUAAGUUCAGCUAGUAGAUGGCCAGUAUGGGCGUCGUUAUUACUGUAUCGUCAAAUAUUGGAUGAGAUUGAAGCGAAUGAUUAUAAUAACUUCACUAGAAGAGCUUAUGUAAGUAAACCAAAGAAGCUAGUUUCUUUGCCACUUGCUUAUGCAAAAGCUCUCGUUCCUCCGUCAUCAAAAACUGGAGCUCUUUCAAAGACCACAGACGCAUAGAUAUAUAUACUCUCUUUAUAUGCAGUUUUAGGAAAUGGAAACAGUGAAUAUCUGUAAAUUUUUAUGUUGAUUGUUGUAAUAUGAAUAACGCAGAUUAUAUCGGA